UCGUCGAUUUUCAACGCGUUCGCAACCGAAAAAAGUGCCAAGGAACAGCGCCCGGUUCGCAUGUCAGCUAUCUAUAUAAGUAUUUCGAGUGCUCGGGCAAUCGACGGUUAUAUUAAAGAUAUAUAAAUAUAUAUAUGUGCUGGCCUUUGUACGUAAAUGUGCUUCGAAUGAAAAUUGAAAACUGCCUGGAUCGCAUGGGUGAUAUAAAGAAGUAUCCCUUUAAAGAGUAGCAAUUGAUUCAAUUCUAACGAUAUUUCCGGAAUGUCUUGCAUUUGAAAUCGACUGGGGAGAUUUAUGGGAAGUGCGCUGCCAUUUAGCAAGAAGAAAACUAUGCUAUUUAUAAAACACAGCUAAUUUUUGUGGCCGUAAAUGUUUUGUAUAAAGUGAAUAUUCCAAAAUUAAAUCAACCAAGGCAACAGUGCGUGUGUGAGUGAUCGAAAGUGAACGAAAGGCUUCGGGGACCCGCGAUCCCUGUGAAUCUCCAUACCUAUGUUUGCACCAAACUGAUUUAUAUUCCGUGGAAAGACGCACUGAAUCCCGCCGGUUACGCAACCAUCUACAUACAUCCACUUCCACAUCCAAGAGGCUGGCCCCAAUCCCCGUCGUCCAGCCGCAAAAUAUUCUAAAUGCGGAAGUAUUUCGUAAAAAGAAAAGCUGAUAAGUUGUACGAGAACAGAUGCAUCAUCUGUACCCAUCGCUGAAAGGCGACCAGCUGUGCCCACUCGGCUUUCAUCCCCAGACUCGGUAUCCCACGCGAUGUAAGCGCUGCUUCCGGGAUUACAAGGAGCAUGGAGCCCGCAGAGCUGGCGAUGAGGUGGCCGCCUCCUCGCCCAACCUCUCCGAUGCCCAGAGUUCUCGACCCUCAUCGCGGACGUGGACGUCAACUCAAAAUCUUACCAGUGCAAACGCAACUAAUGGCAAUGAUAUAGUUGUCCACUUCAAUGUAGAGCUGAAGAAGCGUCCACAGUCAUGGGCCUCCACGCCGGAUAUCGACGAGCCGGACAAUGUAGCUCGCCGUCCGCCGGCAGCGGCGUCCACCAGUCGAGCAGCAGCAACCUCCGCCGAGGAUCACGAUGUGGCUGUCACGGUGAAGCUGCCGGUCCCACCACGACGCCACACCACCGCCUUGGACAUCAAGGAGGUGGAACAUGCCUUAACACCGCCCACCCGUGUCACAUCCUCACCCAGUAAAACUUCAAGUAUUCCAGAUGAGUUAGUCAUCCUAUCGACAGACAGUCUAGCAGAGCGUGUCCGCAAGAUGAAUCUUCUCAAGAAGCAGCGCAGUCUCAACUCCCGGGAAAACAGUCGGGAGCGAUCAGUUCCACGGAGGGAAGAAGAAAGCGAGUCGUCAGCUACAUCCACACCAGUGGUGCCCGAUCGUCCGGAAAGGAGCAAGUCGGGUACUUCCUUAAACCAAUUGCCCCAAGCCGAGCAGAAGCGAGCCGCCCUGCCGCCCAAGAAAGUGGCGGUGGCAUCCACCACGACAUCGUCCAGCAGCAGUAGCAGCACCUCUCUGAAAACCUCCAAUUCCACUUCCGUCAGCAAUGAGGUGAAGGUCACGUCCACGUCCACGUCCAGUUCCUCGACGAGCUCCAGCUCGGUUCGUCGCAAGGAGGCGGAUGCAGUGGCUAGCAAAGAGAUCAAAAGACAAACCGUUCCCGUUAUAUCGAUAUCCCACACCAACAGUAGCACCAUCAGUAGCACUUCAUCCAAGACACAGGACUCACAAGGCGUGCAGGAGCAAAUGAAGUCUCUGAAACUGGAGCUGGAGACGAUGAAGACGCGGGCAGAAAAGGCAGAGCGCGAAAAGAGUGAUAUUCUUCUGCGGCGCCUGGCCUCAAUGGAUACCGCCUCCAAUCGGACCGCUGCCUCGGAGGCACUUAAUCUCCAGCAGAAGCUGAACGAAAUGAAGGAUCAGCUGGACCGGGUGUCGGAGGACAAGCGCAGGCUUAACCUGCGGAUGAAGGAGCUGGAGAGCAAGGGCAGCGAGUCCGAGCUGCGGCGAAAGCUGAAGGCCGCCGAGCAGAUCUGCGAGGAGCUGAUGGAGGAGAACCAGAGCGCCAAGAAGGAGAUUCUCAACCUGCAGGCCGAGAUGGACGAGGUGCAGGACACCUUCCGCGACGACGAGGUCAAGGCCAAGACCAGUCUGCAGAAGGAUCUCGAGAAGGCCACCAAGAACUGUCGCAUUCUCAGCUUCAAGCUAAAGAAGAGUGAUCGCAAGAUCGAAACUCUGGAGCAGGAGCGCCAAAGCUCCUUCAAUGCCGAGCUAUCCAAUAAGAUCAAGAAACUGGAGGAGGAGCUGCGAUUCUCCAAUGAACUAACCCGAAAGUUGCAGGCAGAGGCCGAGGAGCUGCGCAAUCCUGGCAAAAAGAAGGCACCAAUGCUGGGUGUCUUAGGCAAGUCGACGUCGGCGGAUGCCAAGUUCACCCGAGAGUCGCUGACGCGUGGUGGCUCCCAGGAAGACCCUCAGCACUUGCAGCGCGAGUUGCAGGACUCCAUUGAGCGGGAGACAGACUUGAAGGACCAACUGAAAUUCGCCGAAGAGGAGCUUCAACGACUCAGGGAUCGCGAACGAAAGCGCGUUAGAUUCAGUUGCGGGACUCAAACGGAGGUGCCACUCGAGGUGGUGGCCUUCCCCCGUGGCACACAGACAGUGGCUACGAUUCAGUGCGAUAUAUCUACCAGUGCGGAUAACUUGGUGGCCACCAGUGUGGCUGUCACACAAACUGAUUUCGAAGUGCCCGAUAGAAAUGUUUCAACCGAAAGGGAGACAAUGCCGUCUCCAUUUGCAGGUCUCUUUCCACCAUCGUCAUCUUCCAGAGUGGGACAGUCCGGUUCGCUGCUCUUUCCCAGCGCCAUUUCACAUGUCCUACUGAGUGGAGCAGGUCGCAAGCUGAGUCCUACACCGCAUCCUCAUCGCUUGGCUCCCGAGGUGCAUGCUGAUCGCGAUGAGGGAAUCUCCGACGAGGAUGAUCCCGCGGAGCUGAGAAUUCUCUUAGAGCUUAACGAACAGGAGGCCUCGAUCCUGCGGCUCAAGGUGGAGGAUCUGGAGAAGGAGAACGCCGAGUCCAAAAAGUACGUGAGGGAACUGCAGGCCAAGCUCCGCCAGGACAGCACCAAUGGCAGCAAGUCCUCGCUGCUCAGUCUCGGCACCUCGUCCAGUGCGGCCGAAAAGAAGGUAAAGACGCUCAACGAGGAGUUGGUGCAGCUUCGCAAGACGCUUGUUGAAAAGGAGCAGGCGGUGGACUCGCUCAAGAAUCAGCUAAGUAAGCUGGACACACUCGAAACCGAGAACGACAAGUUGGCCAAGGAGAACAAACGCCUGAUGGCGCUGCGGAAGGCGGGCGAGAAGAAUGGGGAGGUGGAUCAAAAGAUGAAGGAGUCCUUGGCCCAAGCUCAACGGGAAAGGGAUGAGCUGACGGCUCGCCUCAAACGGAUGCAGUUGGAGGCGGAGGACAAGCUGCCACCUCGCACCGCCAAGAGGGUUAACGACCUGACGCCCAAGAGCCAUCUUAGGAAGUGGGUUGAGGAGCUGGAGGACGAGAUCAGCGAAAUGCGCGUCAUGCUGAGCUCCGGCGGUACCGAUCAGCUCAAAGCCCUGCAAUCUGCCAAGGGAGCGCUGGAGGAGGACUUGCGAAAGUGUAAGCAGAAACUUUCCCUCGCCGAGGGCGAUGUCCAGCGGUUGAAGCUCCUGAACGGAUCCAGCAGCAAGGUCAGCGAGUUGGAACUGAAGCUGAAACGCGGCGAUGAGGAAGCAAAGAAGCUGAACUCGAAGCUGAAGGACUUGGAGGACAAGGUCAAGAAGCAGGACGCCCAACUGAAACUGGGCGAAACGAACAAGUCCACCUGGGAAUCGCAGAGCAAGCGGGAAAAGGAGAAGCUGUCCAGCCUGGAGAAGGACAUGGAAAAACAGGGCAAGGAGAAGGAGAAGUUGGAGGCAAAGAUUACGCAACUGGAUGCCGAGCUACUCAGUGCCAAGAAGUCGGCCGAAAAGAGCAAGUCCAGUUUGGAGAAGGAGAUCAAGGAUCUGAAAACCAAGGCGAGCAAAUCGGACAGCAAACAGGUGCAGGAUCUCAAAAAGCAAGUGGAGGAAGUGCAGACCUCACUGAGCGCCGAACAGAAACGGUACGAGGAGCUCAACAACCACUGGGAGAAGCUCUCCGAGGAAACAAUCCUGAUGCGUGCCCAACUCACCACUGAGAAGCAGAGUCUCCAGGCCGAACUGAACGCCAACAAGCAGAAGAUCUCCGAAAUGGACACCAUCCGCAUCGAGCGCACCGACAUGGCCCGGAAACUGAGUGAGGCCCAGAAGAGGAUCGCCGAUCUCCAGGCCAAGGCACUCAAAACGGUCAAUGGCAAUGGGGCCGAGUACGAGCGCACCGUCCUCAAGAACAAGCUGGCGGAGAAGGAGCACGAGUAUGAGCGCCUACGCCGCGAGAAUGAGAUGAACAUCGAUCUGGUCUUCCAGCUGCGCAAGGAUAACGACGAUCUAAAUGGCAAGCUCAGUGACUACAAUCGGAUUGAGCAGGCGCAAUCCUCGCUAAAUGGACACGGAGCGAGGCGCGAGGCAGAGAUCAGGGAGCUCAAGGAACAAUUACAGAGCACUGAACUGCAGAUGAAAUCCGAAGUGGCCACAGUUAGACUUCGCUAUGAGCAACAGGUGAAGAACCUGAGCGGAGAAUUGACUUCAAUGCAGCGCCAGUGCGAACGCUUCAAAAAGGAUCGCGAUGCCUUCAAACAGAUGCUGGAAGUGGCCCAGAAGAAGAUUGGUGACCUCAAGGCCAACAACACCGGAAGACAGAGUCGCGGCUCCAUGCACAGCAGUGAUGAUGAUGACAAGAGCAAGAUUGCCUACCUAGAACAGCAGAUUGGUCAUCUAGAGGAUCAGCUGGUCGAGUCGAGGCUGGAGUCCAGCAAGAUAAAAACAGAACUCGUCUCCGAGCGCAGUGCCAACGAGAUCAAGAUAUCGGAGAUGCAGUCGAAGCUCAAUGAGUUCGAGGAGGAACGCGUCAUUGGCUCGGGCAGCACCAAAUUGCCGGGCAUGAAGACCAAGCUGGAGCUGUCCUGGCAGAAGGAGCGCGAGGAUCAGCAGCGACUGCUGCAGGAAACCUCCACCCUGGCGCGAGAUUUGCGCCAGACCCUCUUCGAGGUGGAACGGGAGCGAGACAAGGAGCGACUGGAGUCAAAGCGCAAGCUGGACCAGAUCAAGCGUGCCACCGAGGAGGAAAUGGAGGAGGGUCGCAAGAAGAUCGCCGAACUGCAGUGCGAUCUGUUGGAGCUCCGGGACGUACACGCAAAGCUGCGCACCUCCAACGAGAAGCUUAGACGAGAGCGUGAACGCUACGAAAAAGAGCUGAUCAAGCGUCGCAUGGAGGCAGAUGGCGGAGACCGAAAGGUGGGCGCCCUUUUGCAGACCGUUGACGAGCUGGUGAAGAUAGCUCCCGACCUGAAAAUGGUUGGCAGCGGAACAUCGGCACGUAGCAGUAGCAGCUCCGGCUACGACAAGAACUUGCGACCGGAGCAGCCGAACGUGCGCCGCAGUCGCUCGCCUUCGCCCACCCUGAGCAGCUCUCAGAUCACCAGUGUCCUGGCCAGACUGGCAGAAGCCUCGGAGGAGCUGCGCAAGUUCCAGCGGGUGAACGAGGACGAGCAGGAGCGCAGCCGGAUGAGGAGAAGCAAUCUGCGUCGUGCUGCUUCGCAGGAGAACGAUCCGCAUGGCAGCACCAGUUCGGUGGCGAGUGCAGCAGGAUCGCAGCGGGGCGGUGGACGUCUGUCCCGGAACUCCUCCAACAAUGGCAGUCUGAUUCGGAAGAGUCUCUCACUGGAUCACUCCAUACAAAGAGAUCAGAAUAUUUGGCGCCAGGACGAUGGCAGCGUGUCCUCCAUGCAAUCCAUUGACUCGGAACUGGGUGGCCUGGUCAGGGACUCCAGCUUGGACUCACGCCUGGACUCGCGGCUGUCCGGUGGAUCCACCCAGAGCGACUUACCUCGAGGACCUCGCAAGAAGAAGAAGGGCAUCAUGGGCAAGCUGCGCAGUCUGACCAAAAGCAGUCGCAAUUCCGAGAGUGAAAUUUCAAUUCAAGGAUCUGACUCGGACAUCAGUGUUGCCAGCGACAUGAGAUCGAGCAAGAAGGAUCUUCGCGGCCGGCUCUCCGGCAUGUUCAAGCGCUCCGGAUCCGCCUCACGCAGCGAGAGCAUGGAACGUCCCGGAUCCGACCAGAGACCCGUGGCCGUCACCGUAGUUGGACAUCCAGAUGGACCACAACCUCGCGAGCCGCCGCCUGCCAAUUCCCUUACACCCCGACCCAUACGUUCUAUCCCCAAGCCGCCGAGCGCAGGAGCACCCACCACACCAACCACAAGACGACGCGUAGCCAAGUAGUCACCAUCGGUUAAUAGGUUUCAAUCUCAUAGGAUUCAUUCUAAUCGUAGCUGUAGAUGUUCGAAUAACCCUCGCACUCAUUGGCUGCCGAAUUGCAAGUCAUCAUAAUUAUUUGUUGUUUUUAAAUAGUUUAAUACAUUUUUAUUUGAACACUCCGCCGAAAUAAAGUCAUCUUUUUCAAAUAA